GAAGGCCCGCCUGCCCGCCCGCCGCCAUGUCGUACAUGCUGCCGCACCUGCACAAUGGCUGGCAGGUGGACCAGGCCAUCCUGUCGGAGGAGGACCGCGUGGUGGUGAUCCGCUUCGGGCACGACUGGGACCCCACCUGCAUGAAGAUGGAUGAAGUGCUCUACAGCAUCGCCGAGAAGGUAAAAAACUUUGCUGUUAUUUAUCUUGUGGACAUCACCGAAGUACCAGACUUCAACAAGAUGUAUGAGUUGUACGAUCCCUGUACGGUCAUGUUUUUCUUCAGGAACAAACACAUCAUGAUUGAUUUAGGCACAGGUAAUAACAACAAGAUCAACUGGGCGAUGGAAGAUAAGCAAGAGAUGAUUGACAUUAUAGAAACUGUUUAUAGAGGAGCCCGCAAAGGUCGAGGUUUGGUAGUAUCACCAAAAGAUUAUUCCACUAAAUACAGAUAUUGAUGUUUUCUUAGUAUUUUCUUUUUUUUAACCCACAUUCACUUCAUUUUUUCUUUGUGUAUGUGUGUACAUAUUAUGUAUAUAUUUAAAAAAAACUACAAUUUUGUGAGCGUAGUUGGCAUUAUUUAAAAACUUUGAAUUCUGUUUGAAAUAGUAGAAGACAUGAAACCUGGAAAUGCCCAAUUGAGAAUACUGUAGCUGCAUUUUAUAAAAUUAGGACUUGACUCUGUCCACUAUGAUGUAUUUUUUUACAUGAAAAGCCUAUUUGCAGAAAAACACUUCAACUGUAUUUAUCUGCUUUUGUUAUGCAGAUAUCGGGGACGAUUGUAUUACAGCUUUUU